AUGGACUCCGUGGCCGAGCCUCGGUCUGCGGGCCUGGCAGUUAUGAAGGUGAUAGAUGAUUUGCUGCGGUGUGGAAUUUGUUUUGAAUAUUUCAACAUUGCAAUGAUAAUUCCUCAGUGUUCACAUAACUACUGUUCUCUCUGUAUAAGAAAAUUUCUAUCCUAUAAAACUCAAUGUCCAACUUGUUGUGUGACAGUCACAGAGCCAGACCUGAAAAAUAACCGCAUACUAGAUGAAUUGGUAAAAAGCUUGAAUUUUGCACGGAAUCAUCUGUUGCAGUUUGCUUUAGAGUCACCACCCAUAUCUCCUGCUUCUUCCUCUUCAAAGAACCUUACUGUCAAAGUACACACUCCUAUAUCUUUUAAGCAGGGAAGCAGGUUAAUGGAUAAUUUCUUGAUCAAAGAAAUGGGUGGUUCUACAUCAGAGUUGUUAAUAAAAGAACAUGAAAGCAAAUUCAGCCCUCAAAAAGAGGUAAGCACUGCUACAGAGACCAAAGAGACACAUUCUGUAGAAAGGAUGGCUCCAGGCUCCUCUGAUGCCAGUGGUUCUGAGACACCAUCUACAUCCACUUUGAAACAAGUUGUCAAAGUGGAUUGUCCUGUUUGCAGGGUUAACAUUCCAGAAAAUCACAUUAAUAAGCACUUAGAUAGCUGUUUGUCACGUGAAGAGAAGAAGGAAAGCCUGAGAAGUUCUGUUCACAAAAGGAAGCCACUGCCCAAAACUGUGUAUAACUUGCUCUCUGAUCGUGAUUUAAAGAAAAAGCUGAAACAGCAUGGAUUAUCUACUCAAGGAAAUAAACAACAGCUCAUUAAAAGGCACCAAGAAUUUGUGCACAUGUACAAUGCCCAGUGUGAUUCUUUGCAUCCUAAAUCAGCUGCUGAAUUAGUUCAAGAAAUUGAAAAUAUGGAGAAGACUAGGAUGCGUCUUGAAGCUAGUAAACUCAAUGAAAGUGUCAUGGUUUUUACUAAGGACCAAACAGAAGAGCAAAUAGAUGAAAUUCACAGUAAAUAUCGUAAAAAAUAUAAGAAUGAAUUUCAACUUCUUGUGGAUCAGGCCAAAAAGGGAUACAAGAAAACUGUUGGAAUGUCACAAAAAACAGUAACAAUAAUGAAACAAGAAGAUGAGUCUGCAGAAAAGCUAUUAUCUGUAUGCAUGGGGCAGGAAGAUAAUAAAAUGAAAUUCUCAGAUAUGAAUUUAGUAACAAGCCACCUUCCUCAAUCAAAGCUGGGCUCUCCAGGGAAAUUGGAGCCUGAUAGACAAGAUGAUUCUUCUAGUUGUACUGAUAUUCAAGAAGAAACCCUUUCUUCAUCAGAAUCAGAUUCAUGCAACAGUUCCAGUUCAGACAUCAUAAGAGAUAUUCUAGAAGAAGAGGAAGCCUGGGAAGCAUCACACAAAAACAAUCUUCAAGACACAGAAAGAAGUCCAAGACAGAAUCGCCGUGCAAGAACAGCUGAAAGUGCUGAGAUUGAACCAAGGAACAAGCGUAAUAGGAAUUAGUAUGGGCUUUUGCUGACUUUUUAAAUGUAGUGAUCAGAAUAUGAUACUUUUUGUUGCCAUGUAUAGAUUUUGUUAUUUUAUAAAUACCCAAGGAAAGAUGUCAAAUUCU